GAUCUGACCGAGUGACCGUAAGUGUACUCGUUGCCAUUUUUAAACGCAGUGCUAAAAAUGAAUUCUGUUGUUUUAUAAUUUAACGUAGUGUAUUAAAUUUAGUGUUGUGAAUUUUUUUAAUUAAUAAUUAGUAAAUAAAGAUGAAGUUCUUAAUUACUAUAGUCUUAAUUAGUGUAUUUGGAUAUGGGAAGAUGUCUGAAUUGGCAGCCGGAUGGAGUUUCGUUGGCAAUCCAUUAGGUAGGGCUCGCCCAUGCAAUGGGAAUAAUAUUAUUGAAGCAGUAUUUGAAGCGGGUUUGGGUCCAGAGGAAGAAAAUCAAUAUCAAUUGUUCAUUUAUGAAAAAUUUCCCAAACAUUCUCGUAUUAAGAUUUACUUUGAUUCUGAAGCAACAGUUACAUUGAACGAUGAUACCGUGGCUAGAAUAACACCAUUUUCAUGGAAGGACUUGUAUGUGGUAAUAAAUUUUUUUAAACCGGCAUCAGGAUUCGUCGUGGUCAUUAAAGGACCUAAAACGGGUACAGUGCCAUAUCCCACUUCUAUCAAUGUGAAUUCGGUGGAAUAUUGUAAGGAUCCAAAACCAGGAUUUCUCGACAAUAUUGUAAGAGGCUAUAAAGGAACAGCGCAUGUAUCUCUAUCAGUUCCAACUGGUUCAUGUGGGAGGCGCAAGGUGGUGCACACGGAGCUGAUUGUGAACGGUCAACCUACCAAGCCUGGAGACUGGCCCUGGCACGGAGCCAUAUACAGGCUGGAACAAUCCUCGGUGAAAUACGUUUGUGGUGGGACGUUGUUGUCAAAAUCUUUCGUAUUGACGGCGGCUCAUUGCACUACGAUCAAUGGAAAACCAGUGUUACCAGAGAUAUUGAGUAUCAUUUUUGGAAAGUACAACCUGAUUGGUGGUGACAUUGCAACUCAAGAGAGAGAGAUAUAUCAAAAUAUCGUACAUGCGGAGUACGAUCCUAAAAAACUAGACAAUGACAUCGCCCUAUUGAAAAUUAAGACUGAAGUAACAUUCGAUGAUUACGUCCAGCCUGCUUGCUUGUGGGAUCUGAAUGAUUAUAAAAAAAUACCAGUAGGAACAGUCAUGGGAACUGUGGUCGGGUGGGGAUUUAAUCACAACGAUCAACUAGCAAGCACCCUCCAUCAGGUGGUGCUCCCCAAAAUUUUAGACGGUCCGUGCAUUAAAAGUAAUACGGCCUUCUUCGGAAAAUUAUUGACCGACAAGAAAUUUUGUGCCGGAUACAGAAACGGUACUUCUGCCUGCAAUGGAGACAGCGGCGGUGCUUAUCAGGUGUUCGUCCCUGAUGUUUCUGGUGACUCUACAGCCAAUGCAACUGGUGCCUGGCACGUCCACGGCAUCGUAUCUCUAGCUAUAUCCCGACCUAAUGAACCUAUCUGUGAUAACACGCAAUACUCACUGUUUACAGAUGUCGGUCGGUUUGUUCCAUGGAUAAAGACAUAUAUUAAGACUGAUAAUUAAUUUUAUCAGUGUCUUUAUAUAAAAUAUAUUA